GAAGACGUCCUUUGCCAGAUUGGGAGCGCCAUCCAGAACAGUAUACUGCUGUUGUUGUGCCAACUACUGACAAACUGGGACGUACACGCUACAUUGAAAAGAUGGUGUGCACUAAGCACUUGGUUGGAUCAGAUGACUCUGUCGAUCACCGCCAAAACAAACGACAACGAUCAUCUGCGUUUGAUGUUUUUUCAGAUGAUAUGGACGAUUAAAGUUAUGAUGUCGAAGUGGAUGGGCAAGAUUUGGAUGAAGUGGAAUGCGUAUCGCACUCGCAUAAAGAAAAGCUAGAGAAGCUUGAAAAAAACUGGGAAAAUGUCCUCGAACCAUUAGCAAAUGAGUAUAUUAAGUGCUAUGGUAGUGGCAGUCCCCCAAGUUCCGUAGCAGAAGAGCCAGACCAUGCCCUGUGCCAAUGCGAGAAAGAAAAAUACCAGAGAGAAGUUCUUUGUGUCUAUCUUACUGCCCCAAGCAGUUACGCUUAUGAGACACCAUAUGUUUCCCGCAUCACCAAUGUUCCUGCAGACGGCAUACCGCAUAAAGCUCCUCGAAUUUUAUAAGAAGUUGUUUAUGACAGGCCAUCUUGCAAACCAAGCAUUCGCCAAAGCAUGCGCUAAAUUGCACAUGUACGAGAAAGUCGAACGACUUCGAAUCACUUUUGCAAAUGCUUUUUUUGCAUAUCUCGAGGUGCUCACAAAAGCAGAGGAGUUAUCCAUUGCAGAGCACCAGCACACCAUCUAGUUUCUUGUUACUUGCAUUAUCAAGGAUGGGAUGAUCAUCGCGCU